AUGCUAUCCCUCUCUAUCCUCAUCAUUCUCAGUUCCGUCUACAUUAAUUCCCCCAGUAGUUUGUUCGUGAUGCCUAUCCAUCUACCAAACCAUUCCGUUUUCCUCUUAUAUUCCCAUUGCUCCUCUCUCACCACCCUUGUCGAACCCUCCAUAGCAAUGAACCCCGACUCCAUUGCUGACCUUUACAGAUCUCUCGAUCCUCCAUCAUCAUCGCAGUCCUCACGUUCAGGUCGUUAUUCUCCAUCAAUCAUGAUAUUUGGCCCUCAAUCCCUAUCUCUUCUAUACACCAUCGUCGUCGAUCGUUCCCAUUUCUAUUUUCUCCAUCCCAAUCUUUCUCCCUUCUCUAUCCUCAUCAUUUCUCGUCUGCUUCCCUAUCCAGUUCUAUUGUCCCAAUCGCCCUUACCCCCAGCGCCUCUCCAUAUCCGCCCUCCAAAAACAUCGCUUUAUACCUAUUUCUAUCACCACUCCAUCUUUAUUACCGUUCAUUUCACUGAAAGUGCUCACCGAUCUUCACAUUGUCAGCCUCAUCCCCAUCCUCAUCCGUACGCGCAUCACUGGGCCGCUAUCUUCAACAAUGUUCCCAACUCCGUCCUUAUCCAUAUCACUUUCCACUCUAUACAUAUUCCCUAUCUUCAGUGGUUCAUCAUUGGUUCCUCAUCCAUAUCGCCAACUCAUCUGUCUUUUAUACUGUAUUCCACUGCUGUCACACCUCCGUACUAUUCGCUCUCAUUUUCAUCCAUAUUAUUCUAA